AUGCGUUACCUUCUUGCGUGGGCUGGUCUUGCUAAUAGCGGUCCACUCUUCAUCAGAGCCAAACUCUUCGUCACACUCGAAGUCUUCGUUGAGGUAAUCGCACGGCGCUUUGUUAAACUCCUCGUAGACGUUGCGGUUGAAGUUGAAGCCGUUCACUGCAAGGACUUCGCCGACUCGGCGAAUUUUGCGCCGAAAGGCAUGAUGGGCGGUCAGGGUGUCGCCGGCGACUCGAGAUCCAAUUCCAACCCAGCGGCGGCGAGGGCGAGGGCGAGGGCGAGCGGCGACGUUGGCCGCGACGAUUGUGAGGAUGACUUGAAGACGCAAGCUUCAGGGCAACCAGGCCACUCAUGCGGCACCUUGAACCCUUUCACUUUCACUGCUGAAGUCGCUGUACUCGUGAAGACGGUAUGGCGGAUGGAAAGCGUGCCGAACAACCAUGCCGAGCUUCGGGCCGAUGUGGAGAUGUUGAUACCGCAGCCAAGACCAAGUGAUCAUUGGAAACGGAUUCUGGUGAUAGAAAAAUCUCUCACAAAUUCCCUUCAGGAACGCCUCUUUACCCUACGCAUUCGGCGCAAGUUCUGUUCAAAGGCCGAUGACGAGGAUCCAGCAUUGAUUGAGCAGCGCACAAAGAACGGUUUCGCCCCUCAGACGCCAACCGCCGCUGGCUUACGGCAGCUCUUCGUAAGCUGUGAGCGCAAAAAAUCAGCCUAUUAUUUCUAUUGUGUCGUCCGUCGAAUGACGGCGGAAUACUCCAAUCAGCGCCUCGCGGGCACUAUUUCACUGUUCUGUGGGGGAACAAAUGCUGCCAGCUAUGGGGUUGAGCUUGCGGCACCCAAACUUCACGCAAGGGUGAUGAUGGAUCGCGUAAUCCUCGAAAUUCGGGAAUCGAUAUUCCUAAUGAACGACCUUGUGGCAGACCCUCGUAUUGCUUGUAUAACCUUCACAUCUAGAUUGUCACAAUGCACACUUAUAUUCAUGGUAAUCGUCCGCUAUGACUUCAGUAUCAAGUCUGGUGAGUUUGCAUUCGCAUCUGGCACUCAACUGGCUAUCAAUGAUCCUGUGCAUCUUGGAUGCCCUCCGCGCCCUGCGUGGGCGAGUCUUACUAUCAAUUCCAUGCGCCCUCUCCGUCUGAAAAUUGAUUCCGAGUCCAUGAACGCCUGA